UGCCCCUGCGGGGUCCUCCGCCAGGUUCGACCGAUGAAGCCCGCGGCCCGCCUGGGCGCCCUGUGCCUGGCGCUGUGCUGGCUGGGCGGCGCGCGCGGGCUCUGGAGGAGCCACGAGUGGCAUAAGCUGAUUAUGGUUCACCACUGGCCCGCGACAGUGUGCAAGGAAGUUAAGAACCACUGCAAAGACCCCCCAGAUUACUGGACAAUACACGGAUUAUGGCCUGAUAAAAGUGAAGGAUGUAACCGAUCCUGGCAUUUUAAUCUAGAAGAGAUCAAGGACCUUUUGCCAGACAUGAAGAUAUACUGGCCUGAUCUGCUCCAUUCGUCUCCUAACCGCAGCCUCCAUUUGUGGAAGCAUGAGUGGGAGAAGCACGGGACCUGUGCCGCCCAGCUGGAAGCCCUCAAUUCCCAGAAGAAAUACUUUGGCAAAAGUCUGGCUCUGUCUAAGGAGCUUGCCCUGAACAGCACGCUCCAAAAAUUGGGGAUAAUACCAUCUACUUACUACCAGAUUUCAGAUAUUAAAGAUGCCCUUGUCAGUGUGUACGGAGUCGUGCCCAAAGUCCAGUGUCUUCCAGGACAGGGCGGCGAGGACGUACAGCUCCUCGCGCAGAUUGAGGUGUGCUUCUCCAAGGACCUGCAGCUGCAAAACUGCAUGGAGCCCGGGGAGCCGGCGCCCCGAGGGCUGGAAGCAAGGCCGGCGGCGAGCCUGGGGCUGGAGGUCUGCAAGGACGGCGUCCUCUUUUACCCCGCGCUCAACAAGACCAAUCACUGAUGCCCACAUUCUGUAAAUAGUCAAAAGCAAGAGGAAUUGACAGACCACUGCUUUUUAAAAAGCAACUCCGAAGUGAAAUCUCCUGUUUACAGCCUCCUUUACCUAAGCCUGUUCUGUCUGUUUUGCUUUGCACUCUGUCUGGGAGUUGAUUUUUGUGGUACAUGUAAAGAUGGGGUGAACGUUGGGUCCAUUGAAAGGGAGGAAAGUUCCCUGCCUCUUGGCUGCUUUGUGACUGCAGUAAAGCUUACGGUUUUCUUUUU